AUGGCAGGGGUACCCUCCCCCGCCAGCCAGCUCACGAAGGUGCUGGCCGGCCUGCGGCAUACGUUUGUCGUUGCGGAUGCAACACUCCCGGAUUGCCCCCUGGUGUACGCCAGUGAAGGGUUCUACGCAAUGACAGGAUACGGUCCUGAUGAGGUUCUUGGACAUAACUGCCGGUUUCUGCAGGGCGAGGGUACGGACCCCAAGGAGGUUCAAAAGAUCCGCGAGGCCAUCAAGAAGGGGGAGGCGUGCUCGGUGCGCCUGCUCAACUACCGCAAAGAUGGCACGCCGUUCUGGAACCUGCUCACGGUGACGCCCAUCAAGACUCCGGACGGCAAGGUGUCCAAGUUUGUGGGUGUGCAGGUCGAUGUGACCAGCAAGACGGAGGGCAAGGCGCUCGCGGACAACUCCGGCGUGCCCCUGCUCGUCAAGUACGACCACCGUUUGCGCGAAAACGUGGCCAAGAAGAUUGUGGAUGAUGUCACCAUUGCCGUGGAGAAGGCGGAGGGUGUGGAACCUGGGGCAGCCUCGGCCGCCGCCACGGCGGCUGGUCAGGGAAAGCCGCAGGGCGUCCGCGGCGCGGCCCCCAAGUCCUUUCCUCGUGUGGCUUUGGAUCUGGCCACCACCGUGGAGCGCAUCCAGCAGAAUUUCGUCAUUUCAGAUCCAACAUUGCCGGACUGCCCCAUCGUCUUUGCUUCGGAUGCAUUUUUGGAGCUGACUGGCUAUUCGCGCGAGGACGUGCUGGGACGUAACUGCCGCUUUCUACAGGGCCCCGGUACUGAUUCAGCCACCGUGGAUCAGAUCCGUGAGGCCAUCCGCACGGGUACGGAGAUCACGGUCCGCAUCCUGAACUACACCAAGCAGGGCCGACCCUUCUGGAAUAUGUUCACCAUGGCGCCCAUGAGAGAUCAGGACGGCUCAGUGCGCUUCUUUGUGGGGGUGCAGGUAGACGUGACUGCUCAGUCCGCGACGCCGGACAAGACUCCCACGUGGAACAAGACUCCCUCCGCGGAGGAGGAGAAGGCCAAGCAGGGAGCCGUGGCGGCGUCCAUGAUUAGCAGCGCGGUUAUGGGCAUGGCCACACCCAUGGCCAGCAACCCCUGGGCCGCCAUCAACGGGGAGGUCAUGCGGCGUAAGCCCCACAAGAGCGAUGAUAAGGCCUAUCAGGCGCUGUUGGCGCUGCAGCAGCGUGACGGCAAGUUGAAGCUGAUGCACUUCCGGCGUGUGAAGCAGCUAGGGGCGGGAGAUGUGGGUCUGGUGGACCUGGUGCAGCUGCAGGGCACGGACUUCAAGUUCGCCAUGAAGACCCUGGACAAGUUCGAGAUGCAGGAGCGCAACAAGGUGCCCCGUGUGCUGACCGAGUGCUCUAUUCUGGCGGCUGUGGACCACCCCUUCCUGGCCACCCUCUACUGCACCAUUCAGACCGACACGCACCUGCACUUCGUCAUGGAGUACUGCGAUGGUGGCGAGCUGUACGGCCUGCUGAACAGUCAGCCCAAGAAGAGGCUCAAGGAGGAGCAUGUCCGGUUUUACGCGGCGGAGGUCCUCCUGGCCCUGCAGUACCUGCACCUACUCGGCUACGUGUACAGGGACCUAAAGCCCGAGAACAUCCUUCUUCACCACUCGGGGCACGUGCUAUUGACGGACUUUGACUUGUCGUACAGCAAGGGCGUUACGACACCGCGGCUAGAGCGCGUGGCGGCGCCGGACGGCAGCGGUGGCGGCUCGGCGCCGGCGCCGGCGGGGUCGGCGGGGUCAAAGUCUUCGCGCAAGUCCUUCCUGCUGCUGGCGGAACCUGUGGCCCGUGCGAACAGUUUCGUGGGCACCGAGGAGUACUUGGCACCGGAGGUCAUCAACGCGGCGGGACACGGAUCGGGUGUCGACUGGUGGUCGCUAGGCAUCUUGAUCUACGAGCUGCUGUACGGCACUACACCCUUUCGUGGAUCAAGGCGGGACGAGACCUUUGACAACAUCAUCAAGUCACAGCUGCGCUUCCCGGCCAAACCUGCUGUCAGUGAGGAGGGCCGCGACCUCAUCGAGAAGCUUCUGGUCAAGGACGUGAGCCGUCGCCUCGGCAGUCGUACAGGGGCCAAUGAGAUUAAGUCGCAUCCCUGGUUCAAGAGCAUCAAUUGGGCGCUGCUGCGCAACGAGCCGCCGCCGUACGUGCCGCGCCGGGCAUCCAAGACGCAGGGCGGUGGUGGCGGCGGCGGCGGCGGCGCGGCGUUCGACAACUACUGA